CGCAUGUCAUAGGAAUUUGAAGUUGUCAAGUCCUUCUAACCUAGUAAAUAUUAUCAAGCCAUGAUGACUAUUAAACUUGUAAUCUUCUUCACUUUCUUCUUUGUUCCUUUUGUUCAUAUGUUUCCCUACAGUACAGGCCAGCUUGACUUCAAUUUCUACGAUGAUUCAUGCCCCAAUUUGCUCAGGAUUGUUAGAAAUGUUGUUUGGUCAAGCAUAAGAUAUGACAACAGAAUGGCCGCGUCCCUCCUUCGGUUGCACUUUCACGAUUGCAUAGUUAAUGGCUGUGAUGCUUCUGUGCUUCUUGAUGAUACACGAUAUUUCACAGGGGAAAAGAAUGCUUUACCUAAUCGUAAUUCACUUCGCGGAUUUGAAGUGAUUGAUAACAUAAAAGAUCUCGUUGAAAGGCAAUGUCCAUCAACAGUCUCCUGCGCUGAUAUAUUAACCUUAGCCGCUAGGGAAGCUAUUGAUCUGGUUGGUGGGCCUUCUUGGCCUGUUGCAUUAGGCCGAAGAGAUGCAGUAACAACCAGUCAGACUGCAGCUGAUCAACAAAUUCCCUCACCAAUCGAACCUCUAGAAAACAUCAUUGCAAAAUUUGUUUCAAAGGGUCUUGAAAUAAGGGAUGUUGUAGCCCUUUCAGGAGGACACACAAUUGGUUUUGCUCAAUGCUUCACAUUCAAAAGGAGACUUUUUGACUUUAAAGGCUCUGGCAGACCUGAUCCCUUGCUUGACAAUUUUCUUCUCUCAAAAUUACAAAAUAUAUGUCCAAACAGAGACGCUUCAAACAGAAAUUUAGCACCUCUUGAUGCUACAACUAAUUUGAUGUUCGACAAUGAAUAUUAUAGAAAUCUCGUAUAUAACACAGGGCUGCUAGAAUCUGACCAGGCAUUAAUUAUGGAUCGAAGGACUUCUGGUUUGGUUUAUUAUUACAGCAACAACCAAAAUUCCUUCUAUAAUGAUUUUGCCGAAUCCAUGGUGAAGCUUAGUAAUGUGGGAGUACUUACAGGAAUGAAAGGGCAAAUUAGAAAGAAAUGUGGCUCAGUAAACUAAGAACUUCUUAGAAGAAUCUCAAUAAUGUAAUUAAAAAAGUCAUUUGAAGCCAGAAUACUAUCCUGUGUGUAUAUUAUGAAUGUGUUUAGAUAUAAGUGUAGAAGUGAUUUUGAAACUUUUUUUUUAGAAAAUAAAGGAUGUUUUCUAAUAAAAAAAGUUUUCAAACAAACACUAAUGUCUUAUAUCUAAACAGAUUUUAUAUUAGUCAUCAUCAUUUAUAGAUGGUGGCAAUAUCCCCAAACCAGAAGUGUUCAGAUUAGCCAUGUUAACUUUUAUGUCAAGAUCAUCAUUAUGUAGAAAUAUGAAACCUUGAUGCCAUAGCUCAAAAAAUAACUGGUUUCUGCAGUCAUAUACCGCAGUCGCAGAUCUCUAGCUUUGAUGAUCUUACUGUUUAUAUAUGUUUUUGCCAAGUUUGUAGACUACUUAAUAAUUGUCAAUUUCUAAUAAAUUGAUAUACUUUACCCAUUU